UUAGGACACGGCAGAGCAAGCCUCCCACUCCACGCCGAACCCAACGGUCACAUUCCCCUCGCCUCCCUCGCGCCGCCUCGCAUCGCAUCUGCGCGGCUUUGCUCCCCCGCUUCCUUCUCCGGCGGGGCGAAACAACCGGAGGCGGAGGCAAGCAGCGGGUCGUCCUCCCCUAGCGCGUGUUGCCCAGUGAGUACCCCCCCCCCCGCCCCCCUGGCGUCAAACUCGGAAGCUAUCAGUAAGUUGUCUGACCCUCCAGUGCGUGAAGUGAAUAAAUUGAGAUGUCGAUAUCAAUGUAUAAGAAGCAAAGCUCAUUAAGCACUCCUAUCCAUAGGACAAACCCCUUUGAUUCCGACUCUGAUUCUGAUGUGCCCUCAAGACCAUCAAGGGCACAGUCUGUCCCCGUGCAACGCACCGAUCGAUCUGUGCAAGAGUUAGAAGACUAUGCUGUAACCAAAGUGGAAGAAACCUCACGUAAAGUAAAUGAUUGUGUCAGGGCUGCUGAAGCUAUCAGGGAGGAUGCUUCACAAACCCUGCUGACUUUGCACCGUCAAGGUGAACAGAUUGUGCGGUCUCAUCAAGUAGCAUCUGACAUUGAGCGGGACCUUAGUGUGAGUGAAAAGCUUUUGGGAAGUCUGGGCGGUCUAUUUUCAAAGACAUGGAGGCCAAAGAGAAACCAACCAAUAAAAGGACCAAUUUCAGAAAAUAAUUCUUUCGUGAGUACAGCAAACUGCAUGGAACAGAGGCGGAGGCUAGGAAUUGCUCCAACACGUCAAGAAUCUCCCAGUCCUGUACGUCAUUCACCUGCAACUGCUAUGGAAAAAGUUCAGGCUGAGAAAGCAAAGCAGGAUGAUGCACUUUCGGACUUGAGUAACAUGCUGGGACAGCUGAAGGACAUGGCACUCGAUAUGGGCACAGAAAUUGAAAGACAAAACAAAGCUCUGGAUACUUUUGGCGACGAUGUCGAUGAGCUGAACUUCAGAGUUAAAGGGGCGAAUCAACGGGGACGCCGGUUGCUGGGCAAGUGAUACACAAAAACUAGGGAGUCAGACCGUGGAACCACUACACCAAUGCUUUCGACAGCCUUGCCCAAGAUCUGCUGUUUGGAGCGUGUUCCUGCAGCUAGGCCCGCUACCAUGUUAAAGAUUAUUUUAGAAUGCUGUCGUUUACUUGUUUUAGAGCAAAUAGUAAGAUCCUUGUUGUAUUUUGCUAGUACCUCUGGGUGAAUUUUCGAACUCCAGUGUUGUAUAAUGGCCAGGACAAAAUUGGUUGAGAGAAAGGAAAUAAGAGAGUAUUUGACAAGA